UUCACUUUACAGACUGCUUAUUGAUCUUCUCUCGCACUCCUCCACUUCCAUCGAUCAAACAUGGGCGGGUGCAUCUCUCAUCCGACGACGGCCUCCCUCCCGAGGCUCCCCGCCCGCACUGAGUCCACUCUCCUCCGAAUUCCAAACGCCUCCGUCCACCUCGUCACUCAAGACCCCGAUGCGGCGCCGAUGGAGCUCGCCAGGGGCGACCUCGCGAUCCUGAGCAUCGAGGAGGAAGGCAAGGCGCUGGGCACGGUGGUCAGUGUCGGAUCCCACCUCCGAUGGCCCCUCACCAAGGACGAGCCGGUCAUCAAGCUCGACCCGCUCCACUACCUCUUCACUCUGCACUGCCACGAGUUAUUGAACUAUGGGGUCACCUUUCCGGCGCCGCCCCACCAGAGCUUGGCUCCCCUCGACAAGUUCCUCGAGGAGAACGCCUGCUUCUCGAGAGGCUCUCCGAGGUCGGCGGCUGUCGAUUGGAGGGAGUACACUCCGAGGAUAGGGGAUUACAACGGGGCGCUGGCGACGGCCAUCGCCGGAGGAACAGGUCAGCUCGUGAAAGGGAUCUUCAUGUGCAGUAAUGCCUACGCCAGACAGGUUGAAAAGGGUGCUUCUCUGCUUCAGUCUCAAGCUUCACCAAACAACUCUAGCGCAUCAGCGAGGAGAGCUACGAAGGAGGGAGGAAAAGAGGGAGAGAUAAAUAAAACUCUCCGACGGGUGAGGAAGGUGUCAGAGAUGACAGAGAAGAUGAGCGGGAGCUUGCUCGACGGCGUUCUUCGGUUCACCGGCUUGAUGGCAGCGCCGCUGGCUCGAACAAGAACCGCCAAGUCUUUAAUGGGAACGUUUCCAGGAGAGGUCCUCAUGGCCUCGCUCGAUGCAGUCAACAGCGUUCUUGAUGCAAUAGAGGCAGCUGAAAGAAACACCAUGGCUGCCACCUCUGUUGCUGUUUCGGGAGUCGUUUCAAACCAGUUUGGAGAGAGUGCAGGGCAAGCAACAGAGGAUGUGUUUGCAACAGCAGACCAUGCAGUAGGAACAGCUUGGAACCUGUUCAAGAUCCGGAAAGCCAUCGAGCCCUCUGCUUCUGUUAAAUCUUCGUUGCUCAAUGAAGCAAUCAGGAACAAAAAAGAGAAGGGCAGGUGAGGAUCAAGUCUCGUUCAAGCAUACAAAACGAUUUGGUAUGGACCUUUUGGACAAUAAGGAUUGUUCCGAUCGCCUGUAUAAACUAAGCAUCAGUUAUUGUAAAGUUUUUCAUUAUACGUACACCGUUGUGCUUUAUUAUUA